GAGAGGGAGGGGAAGGAGGGAGGCAGUGCCGCCUUUUUUUUUUUUUCUUGCAUCAAUUUUUUUAAAUUUGCAAAUUACAUUUUGCAAACAUUUGGGGAGACCUUGAUUUUUCUCCCCGCGCUCCCCCGUUCUUCCCUGUGGAGUGCGCUGCGCCGCCCAGUCCUGUCGCCCCCCGGAGGUGAUCCCUCCCUCCUGCCUGCCCGCCAGCCUGACCUGUGCCCGGUUCGCGGGCCGCAGUCUCGGCCCCGGCGCGCCCCCGGCAGCUUUCGGCGCGAUGAGCAUAGAGACGUUACUGGAGGCGGCCCGCUUCCUGGAAUGGCAAGCGCAGCAACAACAGAGAGCACGUGAGGAACAGGAGCGGCUUCGGUUGGAGCGGGAGCGGGAGCAGGAGCAGCAGAAGGCCAGCAGCCUGGCCAGGCUGGCCCACGCCCUGCCGGUGGAGGAGCCCCGCACCGAGGCGCCGCCCCUGCCUCUGUCGCCGCCCGCACCCCCGCCGGCACCCCCGCCCCCGCUGGCCACCCCCACCCCACUGACUGUCAUCCCUAUUCCUGUAGUGACCAGCUCCCCUCAGCCUCUGCCCCCGCCCCCGCCUCUGCCCCUGGCACCUCGCCAGCCGGCUCUGGUUAGCGCCCCUGGACUCAGCAUCAAGGAGUCGGCCCCCCUUCCCACCAGGCCGCAGGGGCCCACUCCUGCUCCUCUACUGCCGGACUCCAAGGCCACCGUUCCGCCCACUGGCAGCCCCAAGCCUUUGCAGCCCCUCCCCACACCCAUCCUGACCAUCGCCCCACACCCUGGAGUCCAGCCCCAGCUGGCCCCCCAGCAGCCACCCCCAUCCACUCUUGGGACCCUGAAGCUGGCACCCGCUGAAGAAGUCAAAUCCGGCGAACAGAAGAAGAGGCCUGGGGGAAUCGGAACCAGAGAAGUCCACAACAAGCUGGAGAAGAACAGGAGGGCCCAUCUGAAGGAGUGCUUUGAGACCCUGAAGCGCAACAUCCCCAACGUGGAUGACAAGAAGACAUCGAAUCUGAGCGUGUUGCGCACGGCGCUGCGGUACAUUCAGUCCCUGAAGAGAAAGGAGAAAGAAUAUGAACAUGAGAUGGAGCGUCUGGCGCGGGAAAAGAUUGCCACGCAGCAGCGGCUGGCGGAGCUCAAGCAUGAGCUGAGCCAGUGGAUGGACGUGCUGGAGAUCGACCGCGUGCUCCGGCAGACGGGCCAGCCUGACGACGACCAGGCCUCCACCUCCACUGCUUCCGAGGGCGAGGACAACAUAGACGAGGAUAUGGAGGAGGACCAGGCCGGCCUGGGCCCACCUAAGCUGAGCCAUCGCCCCCGCCCGGAGCUGCCGAAGCCACCGCCCAGCACCGCGCCCGCGCCUCUGCCUCCCCACCCCCAGCCUGUGGCCCUGUCUCCUGCCCACCUCCCCGGGCAGCAGCCGCCGCCGCCACAGCAGAAGACACCUCUGCCAGCCCCUCCUCCCCCACCAGCUGCCCCGGCCCAAACGCUGGUGCCCGCUCCAGCCCAUCUGGUGGCUGCGGCUGGGGGAGGCUCCACGGUCAUCGCCCACACCGCCACCACCCACGCCUCAGUCAUCCAGACUGUGAACCAUGUUCUGCAGGGGCCGGGUGGCAAGCACAUCGCCCACAUCGCCCCCUCGGCCCCCAGCCCUGCUGUGCAGCUGGCACCCGCCACACCCCCCAUUGGCCACAUCACAGUGCACCCUGCCGCCCUCAACCACGUGGCCCACCUUGGCUCCCAGCUGCCCCUGUACCCGCAGCCUGUGGCGGUGAGCCAGCCCGUGGCGGUGAGCCACAUCGCCCACACCCUCUCACACCAGCAAGUGAAUGGCACGGCCGGGCUGGGGCCCCCGGCCACAGUCAUGGCGAAGCCAGCCGUAGGGGCUCAGGUGGUGCACCACCCUCAGCUGGUAGGCCAGACAGUGCUCAACCCUGUGACCAUGGUCACCAUGCCCUCCUUCCCGGUCAGCACGCUCAAGCUGGCUUGAGGAUGAGGCCACUCAGAGGCCCCCUGUGGGGGCAGGGAGGGAGACCUGUCCCCCACUCUCCCACCCACCAGCUCCACACAUUCCAGCCAGGCCCAGGCCCGCCGCACCCAUACCCACCCCCAGGCCUCCUAGGGGAAGGGGGUGCAGAGACUCUGAGCCAGGGGAGGGAGGGGCCUCCCCAGGGAGCUGGGCACAGGGCAGGGGGUCACCCCACUGCACUAGGACUUGACAAAGUGAUGAGAGACGCUCCGGCGAACGUGCCGCCUGUCCGGCCUGGUGCCAGCUCCAGUGCCGUUCCCCCCGCCCCAUCCCCGGAAACCAGUGCGAUGUGGACAUCGUGUUCUCCCGCUUUCCCCUGCCCUGCCCACCUUCCUGUGCUGCUGCUGCUGCUAUUGCUGUGUCUGGUGAGAUGGCUGAGCGCCCGGGCCCUCCCCUCCCAAGCCUCAGCUUUCUCUUCCCUGGGUUCUGGAGGGGAAAGGGGGGAAGCAGAACUGAAGCAACUUGGCCCGGAAAGCUGGGGACUGAGGGGGGCCCAGCUCUGAGUACAGGUGACAGAUCCUAGGAUGUGGCUUGUGUGGAGUCCCACAGACUCCAGACAGGUGGGCGCCCCAGCCUGGAGCUCCCCAACCUGGUUGCAGUCAUUGUGACUCAUCACAGCAAACUAGUAAAGACAAUUCUCUACUAAUAGUAAACCAAACCCAAGCCCUUGCCAAGCUUCCCAAGCCCCUCAACCCUUGCCGCUGGGCUCCUGUCUUCAGGAAGGCAGGCUGAGGGUGGGGGCGGGGAAGGAGGAGCUUGGCUGUCUCCUCCUGCCCCCCCUUGACCUCCAGCCAGGUCGGGACUGAGAGGGGGGUGCUCUGGACCCUGUCCCCAUCCCUGGAUUUGACUCUUGGCUUCCAGAAAGUAGAGAGGAGUUCUGGCCUCUGUUCGGUACUGUGCACUCCCUGGAGGGAUGAGUACACCUGGAUGCUUCCUUGCUGCUUGGGAGACGGACCAGCGUCUGGUCUGGGUUCCAGGAGCCUGAAGCCACGCUGUUGAGGUAAUCAGGAAGUUAAAAUCCAGGGGCUUGGCCCUGGCGACCUGUGGGGAGGGAGCAUGGCCAGACCCGGGAGGACUGUUGCUUCUGACCCAGCUUGAACGUCUCUGGCACCGUCUUUCUUUCCUCUGAAUGUCCUCCUUUCUCCAGCGGGCUGUUCUGAGCCUGCCCUCCCCAGUGGGGGCUGCUGUGUGCCACCACCUUCCUGUGAGGAAAGGUCCUCAGCUGG